AGCCGAAAACAAUUACGAGAAAUCGAAAUGCAAAUGGUAAGCGCCAUCUCGUUCUGUUGGUUUGCUGAUUUUAGAAAAACCCUGACCUUUAUUCAUCUGUCAUCCCAACAAGUUCAUUCUGACAAAUGAUAAGCGCCCAAGAUUACAACCCGUCAAGACUGUGUCAGUAAUUGACAAGUUAUUCCCCCCUCCCUCCCCCGUCCACCUCUUUUCUGCUAUCACCACCACCAAGGCAACAAAGCGUGUAAACAAGGUGUAAACAGAGCAAUUAUUUCACAGGAACCGAAGGGAAGUAAUAAAAUAUUAAUAAACACAAUAUUUUGUCUAAGCAGUGUUGUUACCCACAAAUCUGCAUCGCGUGACUUCGUCGGUAAUUCCAAAUACUACAUUUUAAAACCUUUGUUGACUACUGUUUUCUAAUCAGGUGCUCGAAAUUUCUCUCGAUGCUAUCUCUUCCUCCAGCGCUCUUCAAAAGCAUUAAGGCUGAGUAAUUAGGAGAUAAUUUGUGCUUAUUGUUAGCACACUUCAAACCUUCGUCGACGCAAACAGUGCUAGGCCAAUAUUCCUGGAUAUUAGGUCAUGAGAAAAUUACCGAUGGUUAAAUGAGUUAUUUUCCUAUGGUAAAGCGGCAAUAUUUUUCAGCAGCUCACGAGUUUUCAAGUCCCUUUGGACGUCAUAUCCAGAGAUAUAAACCAAAAGACUUAAACCAACCAAGUAAAAUCAAUCUCAGAAGUGGUCCUGCCUGGAGCUUGGAAGUUUCCAGUGUUGCUGAUUUUGAGUGGGCUGUUUCCACAUUAUGUGGCUUCGUGUAAAUAACUUGCAUUGAAAGCACCGCUCCUUGGAGAAACAAUUUUGAUAUGAUGGUGAAUAAUACAACGGGAAAUAUGAGCGACAUUAACCCAGCUGGGUAUGGAAGGAAAAGAGAGCCUCUGAACUCGGAACCUGUGCCCAACUGGCAAGAAGCGAAAGAGAUUUUCAAAUGGGCAUGGGAACUUCAUUGGAUAUCAUUCGUGGUGCUAUUCCUGGGAAUCGCUUUAUAUUCCACUAUACGGCUUUUCGAAGCUUCCAAAAGGCGGCGACAGAGAGAAAAGGUGUCUCGAAAUGUAUCUUAUGCUGUACAUUCAUUAGUUAUAGUCCUGGGAAUCACUCGAGCCCUAGCGCUCGUCCUUUUUCCGUAUGAGAUAACAACAAACGUCAACAAGGCCGAUAUAGUCAUUCCUCUGUACGUUCAUCGAAUUAUUUUUGGUCUGGGCUUUCCCUGUUUCAUGGCGGCGUUUGCUCUGAUCCAGAUUACUUUCACGGCAAGCGUUAAGACCACGCCUCUGACGUACUCUAAGCUGCGAAAAAUACGUUUCCUAGUUCUGGUAAUCGUCGGACACUUUAGCGUCGUUAUCAUCGCAGACGUAGUCACAGCCUUAGUUGAAAGCACGUCUGCGUUGUACAUGGUUUGCACCGCUUAUUUGCUCUCCAUGACUCUCUUCACGGGUGUUCGAAUCACUCGCAGUGGUUGCAGGGUUUUUCGCGAAAACAACAAGCACAAGAGGGCCAUGGAAAAUUACGCGGCUUCGUCCACUUACACUCCGCGCCGACGCCAGCGCGCGUCCUUCAACACAAAAGCUGUGCGGAAAGUGUUCAUCAUUACCGCACUAACAAUAUUCUUCUGUAUCGCACUAUUCGCGUUAAAAAUAUACGAUUUAGUAGAAGUCAUAGAGUAUCAUUUUGUGGUUGAAAAGAUCGUGGAGCCAUGGCCUUGGUUUAUUCACGAGACUUUGUUUCGUUUGACGGAGUUCGCGCUCGCCUUGACCGUGCUAUACGCCGUGUCUCCCGUUAAACCGCCCAAGAAGUGCUUGUCUGGUUCUUGCUGGUGUUGUUGUAUGGUGCGCACGGUUCAGAUCAGCGCGGGAAAUGACGAAGAACGCCCGAGAUCGGGAACCAAUCAAAUGACGAGCUCAAGCCCAGCUCCGGAACCCGUCAGCAAAACCUACGUAUAAAGAUAGGUCUGCAGCGCGUACAUACCAGCGGUGUAUAAACACAUUAGGUAGGAGGUCAGAAAACCCACGACAUUUAUGACCAUUUCCUACAAGCAUAAAACAUCGCUUGGUUAGGAAACAGUCCGUUACACCAUAUUGAUAUUGUAUCAAAGGACUUGCAUAAAUAAGCGCAAAAAUGUUUGUUUUUGAUGCAUCAAAUCAUAGAGAACAAAUAAACGGAACAAACUGUAUGACAGAUUCUUAGCCAAUGAACAAAUGGCAAAGGUCAUGCCCAUUAGGUCGCUUUUAAAGCAAUCUAGCGAUGAAAAUGUUUAGUUCUGGAAUAGUUUGCGGCCUGUAUAUUUGUAGGCUGCUCAUGAUGUGUUUGAUGUCAUCAGCACAUUCCAAGUUUUGAUGCGGGCAAUAUAAGCGUCAUUAUUUAUUACUUGAACAAUAUUUAACAAUAUUUAUUAGUUCUGUCAGUCAGAUGGAUCAUUAUAUAAAAAAACCUGCUGGUAUACCGCUGUAAAAAGCCUAAGACCAUACAAAAAGACAAUCUAAAAACAGGAGUUCUUGAUGACAAAUUGUAUUUGCAUGCCGACUUUAGUGAUAGUAAAUAAAAAAGAGUUUUUAGCAAAUUAACUGCAAUAAAGAGCCAAUUAAGUUAACAUGCCACAUCAAAUUGAUGUUCAGCAGUUAAUUCUUGAGUAUGCUAGAGUUUUGAGUGUUUUGAGUGUCUUGAGAUUUUUUAUUUGUUUUUCAUGUUUCCAUGUCAUCACACCGCGUAAUUAAAGCUAAGCUCUUUAAUAACAACCAACCCACUCUCUUCCCCGGAGCCAUCUGUGCCUUUUAGCCUGAGACACGAGGAAAAGAUGGCUCUAGAAACAUACGAUGUUAUUGGCUCGAUCCUUAGGCUAAGAUUCCCACUAAUUCAGUGCUGGUGUUCUUCCCGAAAACGUGAACUGGUUGGUCUUUACCUAACACUGUUCGAUUAGAGCGACUGCAGACCUUCAGUAGACUUUUCAGUGAAGUCCUCCAUGACGGAACUGAUAUGAAAGCCGCUCCCGGCCAGAAUUUUGCUUCCGCUUUAAAUUCCCUUUGUUAAAAUCUCUGACGGUCUGUAAGUGAACGAGAAUGUAGCCAGCGUUGACUGCUGGCCAUAUCAGUUCGUUACUUGGGAAUACUCUAGAAAUCCUUUCCACCCGUUCUGGUCUUUACCGCCAAAUUGUGUAUUUCUUUAAAGGUCUAUAAACAAUUAAACAAAUGGCAAGGGAGACUCAAAAUGAAAUAUUAGAGAAAUGAAAAGAACACUUUUGCAUCACAAAGAGGAUAGGAACUUAGCUAAUAUCCAGCCAAUUUUAUGGGUACAUUAACUCACACAAUGGGCUCUGCUUCAUGCGGGUACAUAUACGCAUUACGGUCCUAUAUCCUAUACAUGACUACGCAAAAUACAGUGUGUGAAGUUUUUGUUAUUGUUGGGAGGUUUUUAUUUUUUAUUAUUAUUUUUUAAAGCGAUAUGCAAGGAAACAUCAUGGAUAACUUUGUUUUACAUUUUCACGCUUUCUACACAUAGGUAAAUUGUUAUGGGAUUCUGGCGCCACUUCCGAAACUUCGGGCACUGACCGGAAGUACGAUCUUUUAGCACUGGGAUUACUGAAAUAAUUUAGGCAAAUAACAUGAGCUGUGAUUGGUUUAUAAUUGCCUUUGGAAUCCAUUGGCCGGUCAUAGCAAACCCUGGUUUCCUACACGUGCUAAACCAGUCUCUCAAAACUUUCUGGAUCAGUUGUCGCCAGAUUCCUAUUAGUUAAUAAGUUUAAGCUGGGCUGGCCUCACAAAAUGCGUAUACGGAGACAGUUCUCCGUUCACAAAUUUAAAUAUGGUCACUUUAGGUAGCAUCUACGGAAAUAUGCGUUUACGUAAUUCAAGCGUUUAGGUCGUGUAAGUGUGAAAGUAAGACAUAAACGAAUGAAAGAUAUGAAUUUUGGUUUGGAAUAUGCCCAUAUCCUUUAUGAUUCACUCUCCUGGAUUCUUUUGAGAGUCCUUUUUGUAGGGUUUAGCCUGACUCGUCCCCAGUCGUCUUCAUACAACUUCAUAUCGCGCGCGGCACGGGGUGAGGGGGGAGCGCAAAUUGAGAUGAGUUGCCCGUUGUCACCACUAUCUCACCUUGCACCGUACCGCGUGUUAUAUGGAGACAACUGGGGACGAGUCAGGAUUAUGGCUACAGGGAAACUUGGUGAGCUUUUCAUUACUGGGCUGGCUGUCUUCAUUGGUGGGUGGGAAUGAUGUUUCUUGUUCCCUUUCUCUGUGUUGAAUUAUGGAGAAGACAGAACUACUGCAUAGUGGCGCGCGCAUGCGUAGCAUAUAGUCUUUAUGGAACUCAUGAUGGGUGUGAGGGGCAUGUUCGCCUAAUGGACUUUUUUAGGACCAUAAAAGCGGAGUGGUAGCUCACUAGAAGGGUGGAGUGUCUUACGCAGAUUGACAAUCACCUCGCUGAAGUGUUGUGAGAGCCUUGUUGAACAGAGCUGAGAUGUCCUAGAGCUCUAUAGGUGACUUAAGACAGAGAGGAGACAACACGUCAGAAAAGGCUUAAAAAUCAUUGGUUAAUCAGAUUGGACAAUACUUUAGAAGAGUGUUUAAAUGAUAAUAUGGGAUAGUGAUGGUGUAUUUAACUUCAACAAAAAUGUAGCAAUCCUCAUAAGCUGCUGUUGUUUUAUUAUUGUAGCAGCUGUUAUGUUUUUAGGGGUAGGGGCCCCGUGAGGGACUCCCGUAUAUAAAGGAUGGGGAUGUUCGUCGGAAAUUUUGAAAAGGACCCCUAAGAGGUACCAUGAUCCUGUUUUGUGGG